AUGAGCCAGUCGACGGGAGAACAAGAAGUCGGUAUCGUGAGUUCAUUGGAGAGAUCCAGACAGAAGGCGAAAAAAUUGAAAAAGGACAUUAGCAUCAUUGAAAGAGUACAUGUUGCAGGCAAAAAAAUUAAAGUAUUGGUCGACAAGAAGAAAAAGAAGAGCACCGAACUAUCUAAAUAUCGUUUAACGGUCGGGAAGCUACGGCAACAAAUCAAAGAUGAAAUAAAAGGAUUGGUGAAAAUUAGACAAUCAUCGGAAUUUAAACAAAUUUCGGGACUGGCUUUUCGAAAGACCUACGAAUACAUUGAUCACAUUAUGUACGAUUACUGUGGCGAAUUUUGUAACAACUAUGACGAUUCGAGUUCGACGAACAACAACAAUGACAGCAACACAGAUGAAAAUUCAUGUGAUGCACCACCAAGGAUAACUUCGACUUCAUAUCAUUUCGAAAAGAUGUACAAAUCUACCAUGGAAUGUGUCGUUUGUCUGAGCGAAAUCGGUGAUCAUGUCCGACGUGAACUGCCGCCCGGCUGGUACUAUUGUAAGGAAGUUGACGAUUUCGCCUAUGAUUUCACCGAGUUCGAUGGGGCGGUUCAGAAGAGCAUUUGUGAUCAUUGGCGGAAGACCGACAUCGAAGAUUUCCAUGCGGCCAUAAACCUGUGCGUGUUCUGGCGGCCGUCUUGCUCGGUGCCCGUGUACGAGGACGACAACGAAAACAUUUACAUGAAUAAGCAUCUCAUGCAUUUUCAUUUGUCGCAAAUCUUUAACAGAUUCGAAAAUCGCACGCUGCCCUGGUUACAAUACUCGAAAAUAUUGUGUGAAAUUAGAAAUUUUACAACCACCAAAUACAUGAAAGUGGCAUCUGUCGAUUAUAAACUCCCGCAAUGGUUGCGUCUGUUGAAUUUGCCCCCAAAAUGUCGUUAG